GAUGCGCUUGGGGCGUCCCGUGUGUGUCCCCCCCCCCAUCUGCGGUGGUGUGGGCGCGGCCGGGGAGCGCGGCGGGGCCGGGAUGUGGCGGGCGCUGAGGGGCGGCGGGCGGAGGUGGCGGCACCACUCGGCCAUCACGGUGACCAACGAGCCCAUCCUGGAGUUUAAGGCAGGGAGCCCCGAGCGAGCAGCGCUGCAGAAGGCACUCGCUGACCUGAAGGGCAAGACAGAAGCCAUCCCCUGUGUGAUUGGGGGAGAAGAGGUGUGGACACCAACGGUGCGGUACCAGCUGUCGCCAUUUAACCAUGCACACAAGGUGGCCAAGUUCUGCUAUGCCAGCAAGGAGCUCAUUAACAAAGCCAUUAAUGCUGCCUUGGCAGCGAGGAAGGAAUGGGACCUAAAACCAGUGCAGGACCGGGCGCAGAUCUUCCUGAAGGCAGCUGACAUGCUGAGCGGGCCGAGGCGAGCUGAAGUGCUGGCCAAAACCAUGAUCGGGCAGGGCAAGACAGUGAUCCAGGCAGAGAUCGAUGCUGCCGCUGAGCUGAUCGACUUCUUCCGAUUCAACGCCAAGUACGCCCUGGAGCUGGAGAAGAGCCAGCCCAUCAGCGUGGACAUCAGCACCAACAGCAUGGUCUACCGGGGGCUGGAGGGUUUCGUGGCAGCCGUCUCCCCCUUCAACUUCACAGCCAUCGGUGGGAACCUGGCCGGGGCUCCAGCACUGAUGGGGAACGUGGUGCUGUGGAAGCCCAGUGACACUGCCCUGCUCUCCAGCUACGCUGUCUACAAGAUCCUGCUGGAGGCUGGGCUCCCUCCCAACGUCGUGCAGUUCGUGCCGGCGGACGGGCCCGUGUUUGGGGACACCGUCACGAGCUCCGAGCACUUGUGUGGGCUCAACUUCACCGGCAGCGUGCCAACUUUCAAGCGGCUCUGGAAGCAGGUGUCCGAAAACCUGGAUCGCUACCGCAACUUCCCGCGCCUGGCUGGAGAGUGCGGCGGCAAGAACUUCCACCUGGUGCACAGCUCUGCCGAUGUGGGCAGCGUGGUGAACGGGACCCUGCGCUCCGCCUUCGAGUACGGCGGCCAGAAAUGCUCCGCCUGCUCCCGCCUCUACGCCCCGGCCUCGCUGUGGCCCCACAUCAAAGAGAAGCUGCUGGAGGAGCACGGGAAGAUCAAAGUGGGAGAUCCCACCCAGGACUUCGGGACGUUUUUCUCUGCAGUCAUUGAUGACAAGUCUUUUGCACGGAUAAAGAAGUGGAUCGAGCACGCCAAGAAGUCGCCCAGCCUCACCAUCCUGGCCGGAGGCGGCUGCGACGACAGCGUCGGGUACUUCAUCGAGCCCUGCAUCGUGGAGAGCAAAGACCCACAGGAUCCCAUCAUGAAAGAGGAGAUCUUUGGCCCCAUCCUCACGGUUUACGUCUACCCGGAGGAGCGGUACAAGGAGGUCCUGGAGCUCAUCGACACCACCACCCCCUACGGCCUCACGGGGGCGGUCUUCGCCCAGGAGAAGCGAAUCAUCGAGGAGGCCAGGAGCUUCCUGCGCAACGCGGCCGGCAAUUUCUACAUCAAUGACAAGUCGACGGGCUCCGUCGUGGCCCAGCAGCCCUUCGGAGGCUCCCGCAUCUCAGGCACCAACGACAAACCUGGUGGCCCCCACUACAUCCUGCGCUGGACGUCUCCUCAGGCCAUCAAGGAGACACACGUGCCCCUGACGGACUGGCGCUAUGCCUACAUGCAGUGACAUCUCCUGCUGCCCGGCCCCACUGCUACUACUGAUCCUCAACGCACAGAGUGGCCUUGAGCUACGCCCUCGAGAAGCACUUAGAUCUACUGAUCUCUAACCUGAGCUUAGGGUUUAUUUUGAAAGGAAAAUUCUAUUAUUAAACUGUAAACGCAGAAGAGAAAAUC